UACAAGAUUCAACUUUAAUACAGUCCUUACGUCAUUACUAUUUGUGCACAUAAUGAUGGCUGAAAGGUGAAACUUACGGGAAACACCGAGUCGAGUCAACAGCUACAAUCAUUUCAGACCAGUCAUCAGAAAUGAGUGACGAGGAGUUUCCCCGCCCUCGGGUACAGAGCAUGCCCUCAGACUACAGUGAUGUCCAGCCGGAAUCCUACGAUCCCGACUUCAUCAGUCAGAUCAGCAGCAAAAUGCAAGUGCCCUACAGUCUGGUGGGAGUGGAGGGGGUCAGACCAGAGAACCGGGGGGUGUCAGAGCCCGAUCUCACCUCCUUCACAGACAUGAGGGUCCCUGACAGAAUCAUGGUGGCAGGUGAAGGAAAACACCUUGGAGGCAGGCAUGGGUUUCAAGAGUUAGACCUAGACAAAACAGGACCAUAUAUGCACUAUGUUGGACUUCGGACACCUCCUAGAACCUUGACGAUGGAAGAGACGAUGAACUUUCCAAUGUUAGAGGAGAAAUAUGAAGAGGAGAGGGAUACCAACUUGUCACAGAAUCAUUCCUCUCGCCAAUUCGUACCCAAUGGAGAGGUGCAUUCGAGGCAGCCUAUUCCUUUCCUACCUGGCGACUCCAUCAAUGAUUCGCUGUUAAUGAACGACUUGGAUGAGAAUACGCAGUUGAGAAACGCAGUAGCCAAGCUCACGCGUCGUGUGCAGGAUUUAGAGGACAAUGAUAAGACGCGAUCCUACAUUCUGUAUCCCACCGUACUAGUUCUGUCACUCAAACUACUGUACGACGUCUUUAUCAAAUCCAAAUGACUAUAUGGCAGAAAGGGGCGGUAAAAUUAUAAUGAUUUCACGAAAACAUUCUCCUUUGAAUAUAGAAUAAUAUUGUUAUAUGUGACAUCAUGUACCGGUACUGUUAUCUUCAUUUUGCAUACAUAACUACAUAUACUAAUUUUAUACAUUGAUUAUAAGUAUUUUUUGGUGAUUUCCUAGUCAAUCAUCAGGGUUUUGAGAUUAACCUUUCAUCAUUUAAUACAAUGUUGACACAUAACUAGAUGCGAUGUUUAUUUACCUGGGGUCCAUAAUAAAAACAUGAAAGCAUCAUACCUGAGAAUACUGCUACAAUUAAAACAACCUUAUUUGAUGCUCAUAAUUAUAGGUAGGGAAAGUUUGGUGCCAUAUAGUCACUUGGGCUCCUUCCAAAUCAACGAUUGAUGGUGACAACUGAUUAUCAUGCUGAUUUGAUGUCGGCCAUAAAGAAAACCAGUUUUAGCUGAUUUAUUCUCCAUGUAGUGUUAUAUUGUGUUUAUACAUGUUCUAGACGUUACCUACAAAGACUGUUAUACUAGUAUACAGUCAUUCUCUGUAAUAUACUGUCAUUUUAAGACUGACUGUAUUAAGAAAGUGCUUGAUAGAUUUUUAUGAGACAACAAGAAAGAUCACUCUUGCUUUGCAGUUAAAAUACUGUGUGCUCAAUGUAUUAUGUUGACUGAAAUCUUUCAUUUUUUGUUUUCAUUAAUUUCAUAAAUAAAUGUGUACAAGUUU